GUCGUCCUUUGAUGGACGAGGAAGACGAUUUUGAUGAUAGCACUAGAAGCAACAGUAGCAGGUUAACACAAGAGUGGCUAGAAGAGGCAAAACGUAUGGUGGCCUCUUCUCCAUCUCGAAGUGAAUCACCUUCGCGACUCGUCGGGUCGCCAAGGUUUGCAGCCGCACAAGCCAGGCUAUCGGUCUCAUCAAUUGAUCGUAGGGACCCUCUUUCUAGGUCUGCCAGAAGGCACAGGGCAGGGGAGGGAUUCAGUGGACAAAUUCUAAGCAAAUCAGAAAAACACGCCCGCAACAAGUCACUCACUUUAGACACCUCAACGACUCUCUCCUCGGAGUCAGAGCAAUCCCCUGCUGAUGCAGUCCACAAAUGGUUCUCCAACAUCCUCAAUCCAUCCAGUCCCACUUCAACACCUUCCUCCCCCACUUCCCCUACAAACCUUUCCCAUGAUCCAACGGCAAUCUUUCUGCCACCUCGGCAGUCAACUCCCAGAAGAUCCCGCUUCAAAACCGACAACUCUGCACCUCACCCACAAGGAACCCCAGUCCCUUCCCGCCGAACUUUCAAAACCUCUUCAGGUCCAUUAACUGAGCCAACACCAAACUUACUUUCUCUACCAAAAAACAUUAUUGAGUCUGCUCCAAGGAGAUCAAUAUCAUCAUCAUUGCCAUUGGAUCGCCCCCUUUCACCACCCAAGAAUCUAGUAGAGUCAGCUCACCGCCGCUCUGUAUCAAGGUCUACUUGCUUUGUGGAGAAAGGAGUGCCGAUAAGCAAUGAAAAUGGGUGGUCUAAGGAAGAGGAGAAAAGCAGAGACCUUAGCCUUAAUGGAUUCCUUAAAGAACAGAGAAUCAAGAUUGAGAAGAUUUUGAAUAGAGAAUCUGAUUACAAGGCCAAGAUCGUGCUUCCAGGACCUUCAAACAGUACAAGUUCGAUGGUGGCAGCAAUAUGCUAUGCAUGGUUGUUGGAAAAUCGGUUGAGAAAGAAUAAGGGAUCAGAAAGUAAUGCAGAGAAGUACGUGGUGGUGCCUGUGAUGAAUGUAAGGAGAGGGAAAAUGUGGAAGCAUCAACAGACUGCUUGGCUCUUUCACCAUGUUGGCCUCCAUGCUACCUCAUUGCUCUUUGCUGACGAGAUUGAUCUAGAGAGUCUAAUGAUGACCGGAAAAUUGAACAUUGUCGUGGUUGGGCAAGAUGUCCUCAGAACUAAUGGCGAGGCUGGAUCUCAGUGCACCAUUCUUACAGAUAAUUAUUGUGAAGAUGCAUAUGAUUUACUUCAAACACCAAUGUUGAAAACGAGUUUGCUUGCGGGUAUCCUUUUAGACACACAAAAUUUGGAUAUAGCUUCUCCAUUGUCUAUGACAAGAGAUGCAGAGGCGGUUCAGUUACUAUUGGUUGGCUCAGCCCCAAAUUACAGAAACGCUGUUUACGAUCAAUUAACAGUGAUGCAAGACCAAAGGGAUAACUCAUUUCUUGAAGCUUUGAGUUACAACUAUGGGAAGUCACCUGUUGAGAACGGGCUAGAAACAAAAGCACAAUUGGAGGACAGGGUUCCAGAGAGGAGGUCAACCUCUACCUCUAAAAGUGAAGCUACCACAAAAAUUUUGCAUAAAAGUCCCAAUGGUGUGACAAAUGCUAAAAAUAACAAAACUUCAUCAAGUCCGGCUAAGCCUAAUUCAUUACCGGCAAAAGCUACUGCUACACCACCACCACCUCCUCGCGGAAAAAACGGGUUUUUCUUGGCAAAAUGGUUUGGUUUUGGAUCAAAAUAAAGACAAAGCUUACUGUAAAUUUUCCCAAAAUUAUUGUGAGAUAUAUUUAAUGCCACUACCAAAUUCAUUUCCUGGGAAGCAUCGAUCGAUGUGGAUUCAACAAAUCAGUGAGAUGAGUACUGAAAUUAACCAUUAUUUUUUAAUCCUUGUGUUCAAGAUAUUUCUUGGUUGCAUAGUAUUUCAGGGACGAUUAAAUCAGGUCAGAGGCUGAAUAGUGAAUACAACCCAGAUUCAAAGAUUUAUGACACUAUGCUUGACCCGUGCAGUCAUUGAAGCAUCUCUAGUUUCUUUACUGAAGCAUCAGAAGAAAUGACCUUCAAUUAUUAAGUCUACCACACGUCUACACUGUAGCAAAUUUUCUUCCAUUUUUUCUUUAAUGAAUGUCAGAGUCUCUUUAAUGGUAUCCCUAUUAUU